AUGGAGCCACUUUGUACUCAGAAAAUUCACGUCUUUCAGCACAGGUUGCUUAGAAAGGAUUGGAAGCCGUAUAUUGCGCUAAUUUAUGGUGAGAGCGCUUUUGGCAAGGCCCGUAUUGAGUUGUUCGAUUCACCAAGGGAACUAAAUUCCAUGAAACCACACAAAAUUUUCCUCCUCGAGCAUUGUGUGUCCAUUAAAUCGCACACAAAUACCGGUGAAACUCGUUGUAAAUAUUUCAACUAUUUUCGCAUAUUGUGGUAA